UCUCAGGAGAUGCAGGAGGUCAUGGGUCUGUCGUCCAACCAGUUCUGGCUGGGCCACUUUCUCUCCGCCCUGCCCCUGACGCUGGUUGACGCCGUCAUAGCAACUUCCGUCGUCUUCCUCCACCAAGCGAAGUACCGCCCGUCGGCGCCAGUCGACACGUACCGGAAGGACGGUUCGGAACUGCCCACUACCCCGGUUCCGUCUCUUCUUCCGAAGGAACACUCGCGCCAGUACCUUCGCGUGUACCCCGACAAUCCCACCAACACGACGUACCUGGAGAACGCGGACCCCUCCCUCGUGUUCGCCUCCUUCUCGCUCUUCACCGUGCUCCACACUCUCCUGGCUUUUCUCAUCGCCUGCGUCUUUCCCUUUGGUCGAUGGGCAAUGGUGAUAGGAGUUGCGGUGUACUUCUUGUUUGCCGCCUGCGACGGCGACAAGUUCAGCUUCAUAUUCAUGCACUCGCUCUACGUUUACCUCAGCGAGAGCAGAACGGAGAAACUUCGAAGGGCCAUGUACCCCAACGUGGCCUUCGGCACAAUCAUGAAGAUCAUCGGCAUAUUUGACGACUUCGAAAAGUCGGCUGGCUGGGACAUCGCUGGCAAGCAUGCCCUAAACAUGGACAAUGUUACCAUUCAAGAAAUGUGGUUAAUCAUGGGCGCCAGUGCCUGCGUGUUCGUCUUCAUGAUCGGCUACCUGUCCAAUGUGCUGCCUUGGGCCACGGCGAAUCCGCAGCGCCUGUUCUUUCCACUGAUGACCUUCGGCAACGUCGUUGCCCUCAACAACGUCAGCAUGACCAUCCACAAGUUCCAAAUGACCGUCCUGCUCGGACACAACGGCGCGGGAAAGACAACGCUGAUGAACAUAUUUACAGGUUUGCUGCAGCCCGACAGCGGCAAGGUCACUGUUUACGGAUUUCGGCCGAACGAGAAGGAAGCCCGUAGAGCCAUUGGGUUUUGCCCGCAGCUCAAAGGAAUGAACAGCCGCAAGAUCCAAGCCAAUGUGGCGAUGCUGCUGAAGACCGUGGACCUUACCGACAAGGUGGAUGCCUUACCAAGUCAGCUCUCUGGUGGCAUGAAGCGGAGGCUGAGCAUGGCCAUCGCUCUCGUCGCUAAACCACAGCUAUUGAUCCUGGACGAACCGACGGUCGGAUUGGACCCGGACACGCAGCGCGUGGUUUGGAAGAUCCUGCGAGAUCUGCGAGGAAGCACCACAGUGCUCCUUUCCACCAACGACAUGGAAGAGGCCGAAGCGCUGGCCGACCGCAUCAUUGUCAUGUACAGCGGCACCCUCGUAUGCUGGGGAACACCCAUGUUCCUCAAGGACGCGUGUGGUGUCGGCUUCAAGAUACGCAUCACAAAGGUGCCGAAUGCCUUCAGCAGCAAGGAAGUACUGUCCACGAUUCUGAAGACAGCGCCGAAGACCACCCUGGACGACGACAAUGACAACGAAACAGUGUACGCUCUCCACACGAUGGGUCGAGGCGGCUUUGUGGGCAUGUUCAGAGAGCUCGAAUCCGGCAGCAAGUCGAUGGGCAUCAAAGAUAUCGGAGUAUCGGUGGCUACGAUGAAGGAAGCUUACAUCAACCGAACCCCUAUCCAGCGCUUCCGGGCCCUGGUGCAGAAGCGGUUGACGGUGCUGUGGCGCUCUCCUUUCCUCUUCAUCACCGGCUGGAUCCUCCCCGUGUUCGUCGCCUACGUCGGGCUGGGCAUCAUCAAGCAGAGUUCCCUCGACGUGCUGGCCGCAUACCAACACAUCGAUCUCGACGCCGGCACUUACGUGGACGCCGAUCGCGGAUCGUCGCUGAAGACCUUCAUGGAGACCAACAAGGCGACCAACACGUCUCUGGGCUACAAGGUGCUCCUCGAGAGCGAGAGCGUGCCGUUCGACGUGCUCACGGACGCCAAGGGGACCCUCAUGGCGAUGUACGACGAGAACUUCAUCGAGUACGCGAAGGCUUACGCUUUCGGUACCAUCUUCAACGGGACCGCAAUCGAGUUGUGGAGCAACCCAACCGGCUUGGUGGCGCAAGGCGUGCUGCGCAACCUGAUCGACACGGUGCUGCUGCGUCAACACACGGGCGAAGCCAGCAGCCGCAUUCGCACGGGGAUCUCGCUGUACAGACUGACGGAUGAAGAGCUAUACUCGGAAGGAACCCAGCGGGAUCCCCUGUUCGGAAUGCGAGAGCUGAUGAUCUACACAUGGGCCUACUGGGGCUUCAUGGGGUCGGUGUGCUUCGGCCUGAUCGUGGCGUCGUUCGUGGUGCUGCCGUCGCUGGAGGUCGUCUCCGAGGCCCGCGAGCUGCAGCUCAUGACGGGCGUCUCGGGCUUCCUCUACUUGUUCGCCCACUUCGUCUUCGACCUGGCCUUCUACGCGGUCCCGAUGACCAUAAUUUUCGUAGGAUACUCCACCAUCUCGGAGCUGCCCUCGGACACGCAGAAAUCGCUUCUCGUCACCGCACUGGGAUUCGCUCCACUGGCCAUAUUCUUCGCCUACCUGCCCUCGGAGCACUCUCCUGACGGAGGCAUGGCUUACGCGAUCGUACUCGGUCUAUUCGCGAUAGCAGGUCCGGGCGUAAUCGGCGGAUACCUGAUGGCGGCGUUCAAUUCCGGAGGCGAUUUUAUGCGACUGCCGUUCGUGUUCUUCCCGCCGUUCGCUGUGUCGGCGACCACGGUGCGAGCGGUGAACCUGAAGUACGAGGUGGCCAUGUGCGACUACCUCCGGAGCAAGAAGCAGCUGAAACUCAAGCACUUCCAGUUCUGCAACCACACGCGGUAUCUCGGUGAAACGAUAAAGCACUGCUGCGACAUACUCGCCAAGAAGACCAGCGAGGCGUGGACCGAGCCCGUGGCGCUCUCGUUCUCACCGUACGGGAUCCUUCGGGACGUUCUCGUGAUGCUCGUCAUGGGCAUCUUGCUGUUCGCCUACCUGCUGUACCGGGCCUCGGGUUGGUCUCAACACGGUCGCGAGCAGUCGACGCCGCCCGCGAGCACGACCAACAGUCCCGAGGACAGCGACGUGGCCGCUGAGAGGGCCGCCGUCGCGAACAUUUGCGGGCAGCAGCGCUUCGGGGAUGGCAGCAACGCGCUCGUGGUCCAAGAACUGCGCAAGGUGUUCGGUAACGUGCACGCGGUGAGCGGGCUGUCGUUCACCCUGAAGCCCGCGGAAUGCUUCGGUCUGCUGGGCGUCAACGGUGCCGGCAAGACGACCACCUUCAGAAUGCUGGCGGGCCUCCUACGACUGACCUACGGCGACGCCUACAUGAAGGACUCGGUCCUGACUCGAGACGGUCGCAAGGUGAUUCCCAAAAAUAGUUUAUUCCGGUCUGCUGUCUGCUUCGCGCAGUGGCAGUCGAGGCUGGGCUACUGUCCUCAGGUCGGAGCGCUGCUGGAAAAGCUUAACGCUGACGAGACGCUCCGGCUGUUCGGCCGCCUCCGCGGAGUGCCCGAGGACAAGUUGUCCGCGGUUGUCGACAACAUGAUCAACACCGUGGACCUCCGCGAUCAUGCAGCCAGGAUGUGCAGCUACUAUAGUGUCGGAAACAGGCGCAAGUUGUCCAUUGCCGUGGCGAUGAUCGGCUUUCCCGAUGUGGUUCUCCUGGACGAACCGUAUGCCGGCGUGGACGUGCUGGGCCUGCAGCAUAUCCACGGGGAACUCGGCCGAAUUAGAAGCACCGCGCACGUCACCAUGAUGCUCACGUCGCAUAGUAUGGAUGAGUGCGAGCAGGCCUGCGACCGCUUGUGCAUCAUGGUCGACGGCGCGCUGGUGUGCCUGGGAACCCCGCAGCACAUCAAGGACAAGUUCGCCAAAGGAUACAAGCUGCAGUUCAUUCGGUACGACGGCGCAAGCGUCGGACCGCAGAAACUCACCCAAUCCAUCGUCGAUACCUUUCCGGGAGUCACGCUAGUCGACGUGCAGUGGAAAUGCAUCGAGUGCCGCACGAAGGACAAGCUUCCCUUGAGCGAGCUGUUCCGGAAGAUCGCGGUUCUUGACAGGCACUACGACUUGGAGCAUGUGUUCGUCUCCGACAACACCCUGGAGCAAAUAUUUAUCGCCUUCGCGAGACAGGCGCAGCUCGAAAAGCUCGAAAAGGCCAGUGGGGACGCAGCGCCAGCUGCCGCCGGCAGCACCAAACCUACGAGCCCCCCGAGUGGCGGCGCUCCCGCAGCUCCGGCAGCUCCCCCGAGUGGCGGCGCUCCGGCAACUCCGGGCGCAAGUUCGGCGGCCGCAAGCUCGGCGACCGCAUCUGCUGCGGGAGCGAGCUAGCGCGGCGGCAGUUUUAACGCCAAUAUUACAGCAAAAACAACAUCCUGCAGGUCUCCCUGCGUGUUCUCAUUUAUCCGUUCACUAAGGCGAAGCCAUCGUUUAC